AUGUCUGAUUCCAACUUCAAACGCUUUGUCGAGGUCGGGCGAGUUGUCCUUCUCAACUCUGGCCCUUCUGCCGGAAAAAUUGCUGUAAUAGUAGAAAUCAUCGACCACAACCGGGCGAUUAUUGAUGGACCUCUCACUUCUGUACCCCGACAAGCAUUUUCCUACCGCCAUCUCUCGUUGACGCCGCUCCGCCUAACGAACCUUCCGCGUGGUGCAGGCGCGGGUUGCAUCCGCCGCCAGCUGGAAAAGGAAGGCAUCGUCGCCAAGUGGGAGAAUUCGUCGUGGGCGAAAAGGCGCGCUGCUAUGGGGAAGCGGAGAACAUUGAAUGACUUCCAACGGUUCGAGGUUAUGCUUGCUAAGAAGGCUAGAAGGGAUGCUGUCCGCAAGGCCCUAGCCAAGGCAUAG